AUGGACAAUACUCCUGACGGAAUCCCUCCCCAAGAUAUUUCUACCCUUUCAUAUGAUGAGGAUGUCGCUUAUGAGGCACAACUACCGACAGAAGCUGAGAUUGCCGCUUCCUCAUUGGCGAACCGCAUCAGCAGAAGCAAGGUGUACCUACUAUCAGAAUCAUCAGCGACCAACAGGCCCGUCAAUGGCAAGUACGUGAAAAGCAGGAUCCUAAUUUCCGAGCUGGUUGGCUUUUUUCUAUUACUUCUGGUCUUUCAAAGAGGAAACACGAUGACGAUGAGGAGGAACAGGCGGAUAUGGACGAGGACAUGGACCAAGGCACACCCUGUGUACCGCACCAACGCGCUCCUCCUGCGCGGCUCGCCAAUAGAGCAUCUCCCGACUGCGCGUAUCUUCGCAUAUGCAACACACUUUGAUGCUCACCCCAUGGGUCUCGAAUGGGUCGACGACAAUACCUGUGUCCUUGUCUUCAAAUCUCGCAGAGAAGCUCUCGAAGCCUUCACCCGGUUGCAAAAGUCAGCCUCGGAAGAGCCCGAAGAAGAUGACUGUACAACUGCCCGACCAUUGCCUGUUGUUUUGUGGCCUCCCGAAGAGCGCAUCAACGAGACGCUUGGUCAGGGCCAGGGUCUCAAAGGACCCAUACGAAUGCGCUGGGCAAAGCGCGAUGACGUGAAGAAAAAGAAUGCGAUGAGAGAAAGUAAGUUUUACAAGCGGCAUGGGUCUAUGGCUGGAAAAGAGCUGUUCAAUGGGCGCGAUUUACCACCACCAAAACGAAGAAGACACGAUGACUACCGGGAUGACGACGCUCGGCGGGCAGAGUUAGAUGACGAACUUGAUAGGUUCCUGGCCGAAGACAACAGCAAUGACGAGAGGCAGGGAGAGAUGGACUCUGAAUCUAUCGAAGUUGAGGAUUUACCGCCAUCUCCUCCGUCGAAGAUGCGUUCAGACUACAUUCUCAAAGAUACUUCAAAAAUGCGGUCAGACUACAUAAGUGGUGACGGGCGAACAUUGCUCGAGCGCACUUCUCUCAUUCGUGUUCACAAAUCCGGAUUUGACGAAGAUGAGGAAAGUCCUACCUUAGCUACGCGACUGACAAUACCUUUACGUCGCCGCGGUCGGGGCCGGCGAGGAGUUGGAGACAGAAACGAAUAUGACACCCUCGAUCCUAAAACAUUGGAGAGUCUGAGCGACAGGCUACAACCACAAACGACCGAAAAAUUGGAAUGGGGACCCGGCACCUCUGAUUCAACAAAGGGUGAUCGUCGGCGUGGCGAGAUUCGUAUCUAUGGAGCAUCGAAUGAUUUGUCAGGAGACAGAGAAAGACGCCGUAGUCACAGACGAAGGGAACGAGAGAGGGAGGGUAAACAUACCGGCAAGCAGUCGCGAGGUCAACGUUUAGGGGAGCGUCCAAAGAAAACUCAGCAAGAGCUAGAUGAUGAACUGGAUGCAUUUUUGCGCGCGCCGUCAUGA